AAUGUUUUAUUCUUCGAAGGUUCUUCCAAUUCGUUUUUUUGGUGGCCUUCCGGUAUCCUUGCAUUCGACAUGUUCAACACGACGUUGUUAAGAGAGAUCGCGCGAAAAAGGAACGGAGAGAAAGGAUGAAGAAAAAGGAAGAGAAAAAGAGAGAAAGAGAGAGAGAGAGAGAGAAAGAGAGAGAGAGAGAGAAGGGAUGAGAAAGCCGUGCACCUACUCGGUCACUAGAGGGACGACGACUUCAGUCUUACGAAGGCAUCCAAAGCGGUAGGUUAGCAUGAUUUUUUAUGUGUUUCGGCUAACGGUCGAGUCAUCGUACGUGUUUUGAAUGUCGAUGAUCGAUUGAAAGAAAGAAAAAGAGAAUAAAAAAGAAAGAAAGAAAGAAAGAAAUCGAAUUAAAAAGAAAGCCGACAGACAAAACGUAUUACGCAGUUAUGUUGUGUUCGUAAAACUAUCGUCGAAACAAAAGAAAAACGAAAGAAAGAGAAAAGAGAGAAAGAAUAAAAAAAGAAGAAGAAGAAAAGAAAAUUAAUUCAAGGAACGUAAAAAGAGAUAAAGAAAGAUAGAAAGAGGCAGAUCGGAGAUAUUACAAGGGAUAUCAAAUUUUUAAAGAAGAAAGAGAGAGAGAGAGAUAGAGAGAGAGAAAAGAAAACGUAAAUCAAACAAGAAUCGAAAUAUAAUUUCGUUUUGAUGAUAUUAAUCGUCGUCCAAUCUCGUGGCUACUUUUCAAAGUGCCGUUAAGACGAAGGAGUGGGGAGGAGGGGGGCGCUUCGAGUCACGAUUACGCGCGAAAUUCGUGAAAUUUUGAAAAUAUUUGAAAUUGUCUCCAUUGGGAGAUCGGAUCGCGUUAUUUUUUGAAACGUUUCGUUCGAUCUUCAGAAGAUCCGGAAGAAUUCAGAAUGAGAGCUCGUAUGUGCGAUGUGGAUCGGUCGAUCAACGUGUGCGAGUUGACGGGUCUCGAUGGAGAAUGAUAGUUCGACGAAUAACAAAACGAUAUCUGUUGAAGAAGAGGAUACUUUCGCAAGAAACAUCAACGAUCGAGGAUACAUCUCGAGAAGUUCUCUGAUCGUCAUUGGAAUACGAGCCACGGCUUUCUUGUCAGUUCUAAAUUUCCAACAUGGCUUACUACCUCCGUGCAGCGCAAGCGAAGCUAUCAAGUAUUUGGACUUCCAUAAUCUGCCGGAUACUAACUUUUCGUGCCAAGGAAAAGUGAUCGGUGGUUAUUAUGCGGAUCUCGAAACUGGAUGUCAAAUGUUUCAUGUAUGCACGAUCGGUCAGAAAGACUUGGUUUCAGACGAGAUUAUGGACAUAAGGUUCCUUUGUUUGAAUGGAACCAUCUUCGAUCAGGAGACUAGAGUCUGUGAACGUGUCGACGAGGUUGAUUGCAGUAAGAGCGAGCAGUUUUAUAAUCUGAAUUUGGAGCUCUAUGGCAACAAUGCCGUCACAUUUGGCUUACACGAGAGCGACGACGAAGAUAAUCCUUCAGAAUCCGUGGAAAAUAAUCAACGUACUACCUCGGUACAUCCUACAGCUGGCACUACAACGACUACAACAUCACGACCAAGUAAACCAUCUACUACAACGGCUAGAGGUUCAUAUCAACACUCAACUGGAUAUCCACAACAACAGUUUAGACAAGGAUAUCAUCAUCAAUACAUCCUUCACAAUGAUGAGAGAAACGAUAAUCAAGCGACUUCCUAUCAAUUGUUUAGUAAUCAAGGUGUUAGUUCUACAACCGUCCAAGAAGUACCUCAGGCUCAUCAAAUUAGAUUCAGUUCUACUGCAAGUCCACAAAUUAUUCGUAACGAACCAUCAACUAUAUCGCCACUCUUUCAUAUUACAUCAUCGACUAUUCAAACUUUAUUGGAUAGAAAUCCGAGUAAUCCGGCAUUGAUAAAUCCAAUUUAUAAUAAUCAUGGAAUUGUCAGUACUACAGAAUCUUUUAACGUGCAUAAUCCACGAGAUACGUCCGAGUAUCGUGACAAUGAACAUCGUAAGCAUAGUAUAACUCCUUUAGAAGCUAUCCAAUCAACCAACAAAGGAAAGGUUUCUAAAUUAUCGAUAUCUCCAGUACCCUCACAACAAGAGGAACAGAAAGAUAGUCAAACUUCGUCCCAGCAAAGAAUUUCUUCGAACAUACUUCCUACUCCGGCUAGCGUUGAAACAACGAUUAAAUCUUUUUAUCCAACUCCAAGGACAUCGCCGAAACCUUUACCAUCGACAUCUUCUAAUGGACAAAUUAUUCAACACAUUCAUGUUCCACCUCCUAUUCCAGUUCCACAGUUAAAGCCACAUCAUAUAACCAUAAAUCUACCACCGCCAGAUAUUCAAAGGAUUAUACAAAAUCCACCACCACCCUUGCUACCUUCCCAAUCUAGGGUGAUUGUUACAGCUAAAGCUAGUGUUAGCGAUGAAACAGGAAGACCUCUUAACACUACGCAAUUAGUAACUAUACCUCUUCCUACGAUUCCGGCUACUUAUGACGAUUACAAGGAAGGAGAUGAAUCGUUUGAUCCGUUUUAUCGCGACGUACCUAAACUUCGCAAUCAUCGUCGUGCUAUUUUACGUAAAGUUGAAAAAGGUCAUAGAAGAAAAAGAUUUUUAACGGAACUCGACGAUUCUUCUACAACUUAUAAAGAAACGAAUUUAAACUCGAGAGUUCAUGGUGUAGAUUCAGUAGAUAGAAAUUUAAGACGCUUGAAACGUACCAGUAUAUUUGAUGAUAAACGAUUGAAAGAAGAUAGAAAAAUCGAUAUAAGAAAUAGCGAUGGUAAUAAAAAUGCCGAGAAAAAUUCCGAGUCGCGUGUUAGAAUUAAAAAUGGUCAUACUCUUGAAGAUUUAGAAACGAAAGCUUCUCGUCAUAUAAAUUUAAAUUCGGAUGAAGAAGAAGAAGAGGAGGAGGAGGAGGAGGAGGAGGAAGAGGAAGAGGAGGAGGAGGAGGAGAAGGAUCAGGAUGAAAAAAUAUUUGAACACGUACAAAAAGAAUCUGAAGAAAAUGUAGAAAAUAUUCAUAGUUCUAGUAUAGAAGUAUUGGAUCUCAAUGAAUAUACAGAUUCUGAAACAGAUUCCAACGUAGAUACAACAACUGAGUUAGCUGCAUCAAUUAAUAAUACCAAUACGAAUGAUGAUAAUAGUUUUGAGGUAACAUGGUUUUUGAAUAGUAAUACUACUAAAACUCCAGAUGUAGAUUCAGAUAUAGUUUCAUAUAACGAUUCAGAUAAGUUCAAUAAAAAUGAACAGGAAAGAGAAAUUAAAAUAGUUUCUGAUAUGGGAAUUAAACGUAUUACGAAUAGUGAUAUAUUUACGUCGGAAGAAGAUAGUAAUAAAAAUGUAGAUAAAAAAUCAUCUACAAAUAAAAUAGCUAAACCUCUUAGUAUCGUUAGAAAUUCUAAUAUCUCUUCUGUGGAUAAAAAAGAACCAGAAACAACAAGUUAUGGUAAUCCAGAAGAUAAAAUAAUAAAUGAUAAUAAAGAUUAUUUAUAUGAUGAGGAGGAUGAUGAAGUGGAAAAUCAUUCAGAAAGAACUGACAAAAAAUCUAAUAACGAGAAGAUAAUUUCUUCCAAGAUAAUGGAAGAUUUAAUUACUACUACUGAGAUUGUUGAUACUUCUAGAAUUGAUACUCCAACAAAGAAACUUCAUUCGAGGAUAUCUAGAAGAAAAAUGUCUGCAAAAAGAAAGCAUCAAAAAGAAAAUGAUAGUGAGAUUGAAAUUAUUGAUUCUGAAGAUACUGAACUAACGACAAAUAUAUCUACCUCUCAUUUUGAAACAGAAGUUGAAGAACAGAUAGACAAUUAUGAUUCUAAUAAGUCUAAUAUACGAGACGUAAAAGCAAUCGAUUCUGUGAUAAAGUAUAGUUCUAAAUUUGCAAAAGAUAUAACAUCGAAUAAAGAAAAUGUUGGAAAGAAACGUACGCAAAUUAAUAACGUAGUCAAAUAUGAUUCCGAAAAAACGAAUGUAGAUAAUUUAGGAAAAAUAAAUAAUUCUAGUAGGUAUCAAUUACUAAAUGAUCAGAAAGCAUUAGAAUCAUCAAAUGAAAGUAUAGAGAAUAAAGAUGAAUCUAAUACAGAAAAUGGAGAAACUACGGAAGCAACGUAUGUUUCUUUAGAAAAUUCUGAAGAAAAAGUAGAUAUUACUAAUAAGAAAGUCAAUUCUUAUACAGAAGAGAUUUCAGUGGAACAAUAUCAAACUACAAAUGAUGUAUCAACGACGAAUGGUAAGGAUAAAGAAUUUGAGAAAACUUCAAGUGAAAUUUCUGACGAUAACGAACGUGAUCGUUUAGAAAAUGAAAAACAUUCUCACGAAGGAGCAAUUCUGACGAAGUUAGAAGAAAAUUAUUCGUCUGAAGAAGUAUACCACAAAAGCAAAGAUAAUAAUAUUACACAUACGGAUAAAGAAGAAUUUCACUCGCAUGAACAUCCUACGAUUAAAAAUAUAGAAAGUACAGUUUUAAGUGAAGAUUUUCCUGAAUAUGAUUAUCCUAUGAAUCAAUCAGAUUAUAACUGGGAUAAUAUAGACGAUUAUAAAGAAUCUGGUAGUAUAGAAGAUUUUACCGCUUCGAUAGAAUCCAACGAUCAUGAACAAGUAACAGAGUCAUAUGAAACUGCAACUAAUUCUGCAGAAAUGGAAAAUUCUGAAUCAGUUGAACAGGAAGAUAGUACGACAGGUGUUUUAAAAUUUAUUGACGAGUUACCAAGGAUAAGUAAAACGGAAAGUAAUACGGAAAAAGAGAUAGUCUCUGUUGAACCUUCUAUACAAGAUUACGUUGAUGAUAAUUAUGAGCCACAUAAUUAUAAGGAACAAGAGCCUCUGAUAAAUACUGAGAAUCCAAAUGACGAUAAGAUGGAAAAAGAUAUUAAAGUUGUAAGUAUUAAUGAAAAGUUAUCAAAGAAUAUAGAUGAUAUUAAAACGGAUAAUAUUAAAUUGGAGAAAGAAGAACUAGCACAAGAAAAGGACACUAAAGAUUUUUCAAAAUUGAUUGAAAGUAAUGAACAGCAAUUGACUAUCGAAUCAACUUCAAAGAGCACAAUAGAGGCGUUGACAUUAUCAACGUUGAUAUCAUCAACAAUGUCAUCAACUACAUUAUCACUAACAUCUUUGCCAUCAACGUCACCAACUACGUUAUCAAUAUCAUCUUUACCACCAACAACAAUGCCAACAAUAACUGUACCAACAGUGACUGUAUCAACAACAACUGUACCAACAAUUGUACCAACAAUGACUAUACCAACUACGACUGUACCAACAACAACUUCAACCACAACUACUCGUUCUGUACCCAAUCUCUUUAAACCUUUUUCACUUAGAAAAAAUUACAAUUAUAUUCCUCCAACAACAACACCAAAUCCAGUGAUCAUAAAAUCGAGACUACCUCUGUUUAAUCCAAAACCAGCGAAACCGCCAAAAUCUUAUAAUGAGUUAGUACCAAAGCCAGUUAUUAGGAAACUUACUCUACCAACUCGAAGACCACCUACUACUGUGCCUACAAGCACUGUAAAAAAGAAUGAAGAAUUAAAUAUUGAAAGUACGACGAUUAAAUAUGUAGAAAAUUUAAGCGGAACUCAAAUUGUCACAUCAUCUACUGAUAGUACAGAUUCACAAUCUUUAAAUUCAAAUAUUGAAAAUUUCACUUCAUAUCCAUUAUCAAGAUUAUCAACACUCCCCGCUGUAACAGAUGUUACUUCCUACAACAGUGAUACAAAUAAUAUUUCAGAUACUACAGAAACAAGUACAAUUACAAAAGAUAUAAUAAACGAAGAUAUCAUGGAUAUAUCGACUAUACCAACGGUUAUUCCCACUGUGACAGAUAAAGAAUACAUAGAUGAAAAGAAGCAUACAGAGACAGCAGAAAUUACAACUUCUGUGACUACUGGCUAUUAUUUUAACGAUGUAACAGUUACUACAACUGAAAAUGUACAUUCUAGUAAUCAUCCAAUCUCUACACCUAGUUCAACUAUAAUUGAAAAUGUGGAUAAAAUUCCAUCUUUAGAAUCGAAUCGACGAUUGAAAGACAAGUCGUUCUCCAUUUCAAAAAUAUAUGGCAGCUUUAAUUGUCUGGAAAGAGAAAUGUAUAGAUUUUAUGGUGACAUGAGAGAUUGUCGACUAUUUCAUUACUGCUCUCCUGGUUUUACUCCAAAGCAAGUCUUAGAUUUUCGCUUUGUUUGUGAAGAAGGUACUAUUUUCGAUGAAGAAAGUCAAAGUUGUCGACAUGACAUUAGAAGUACCAAGUGCCCUAAUAGACUGUGGUAAAUAAGAACAUUUUUAAUUUGUCAAUACUUCUCCGUCCCAUAUUAUCUUGUGCUAUUGAUUUUAGUAAUUCGUGAAUCCUAGGACUCCUUAAUAUAUUUAUAAUUUUAAUUUAAUAUGUAAGAUCCCUAGAAGGAGAAUCCUUCUUCUAAGCAUUGCCAUAACUGUGAGUAAAUGCAAUGGAUUCACACUUAUUAAAAUUAAUGCGAUUUCUGAUAUGCGUUUAUAAAUUAUAUAAUCAUAAAAAAAAAAAAAAAAAAAAAAAAACACCAUAUCAAAUUCCAGAGUAAGACGUGAUAUAAUACCAUUAAUGAGAUUUUACCUGACUUUUGAUCAGGAAAAAUAUUCAUGAGAUUUUAGGUUAAUGACUGAAGGAUAUCGGUUCCUAUGUUGCAUAGGCAAUGGUUUGUAAAAGGAUGUAAAAUUGUUUAUAUUUGAUAUUUAUGAAUAUGUGAGUCAUGUGAUAACAUAAUUGCCUUAUUAAAGAAUACUAUUAUCUUUUC